AUGCUUAAGAAAUCAAAUCCUUUUCUUUGCGGGCGAUUCUCACUGCUGAACCCCGCCAGCUCCGUCUCGCCACUAUCAUCAUCGCACUGCGUCCAUGGGUCCCGAUGGUAUGCCACCGCGCAGGGCGAUCUCUCCUGGCCGGCCACCACGUCGUUUACUCCCUAUGAUCUCUUUAAACAGGACCGGCUGGCCCCCUACAAGAAGUCCCAUUUCUACGAACUCGUCAAGGUGUACCACCCCGAUCGACCGUGCAACGACCACCCGCUAUGCCGGAACAUUCCUCCCGAAGUGAGACUCCAGCGAUACCACAUCAUCGUUGCGGCCCAUGAGAUCCUAUCUGAUCCCUCCAAACGGGCGGCAUAUGACCUGUCCGGCUCGGGGUGGAAUCUGCACCCGCCCGACAGCGCUCCAACUCCGCCCUGGGCGCGGCCGGCGUGGCGCGGCGAUGGUCCGAUCUACGGCAAUGCGACAUGGGAGGACUGGGAGACGUAUCAUAAUCGACACCAGCCCAAGCAGGAGAACAUGGUCGACCAUCGGACCUUUGCGACGUUUGUCAUCCUCCUCGUCCUGUUUUCUGGCUCCGUGCAGGCCUCGUGGAUCAGCAAUCGCAGCGCCGGGUACGACGACCGACUGCGGCAGGUCAGUGAGGAGUCCGGUCGGCUGUUGAACGGGCGCCGGGAGAGUACGGCGAAGCAGCCGGGCUCCAGCGAGGCCAAGUUGCAGGAUUUCCUCAUCCGGAGAGACCCGACAGGGUCGGGAUUGAAGGGGGACGAGCAGGAGGUAUACCAGGAUGUUCUCCAUCCUCCAAAG